GAUUGUUGAUGGUGUACAGACUGCUGGUAAGAUGUAUUCUCUAGCUGGGAUAAAAAUACGACGAGCCGGGGACGAUGUUCUCAACUUUCCGUAUUCCAUCAUCCGUAGGAUGGGUCAGAUGAUCCGAGAAAUGAGAACCAGGGUUCUUAGUUCGUUCAGCUCUAGUAACAGAUUCGGAGGAACAGGGCCUUUAUACAGACCAGAGAAACUACCUGCUCCAUAUACAACCCGGAGAAAAGAACGUGUUCCAACCUCAAUCCUGGAUAAGCUCCAGGGUUCAAGAAGAAUAUCCAAUCCAGUGUAUCGUGAAAGUGCUCCUAGAGAUGAUAGAAACAAACUAAACUCACAUUCUACAGCAGAACAUAAUGGACAGAAGAUUAAUGUCAGUCAACGACGAACGGAUCAGAACAUUCUAGAAUCUACCAUCAACAAACAUGAACCCUCUAGAGAUAGUUCCAUUUUUCAAGGUUUUGGAUAUAGAUCUAGGAAUAGUGCUAAAACUCAACCUUCAAGGUCUAGGAAUAGUAUUAAAACUCAAACAUAUGGAUCUAGAAAUAGCACCAAAAAACAAUUUUCUAAAUCUCGGAAAAGACAAGGAAAUCCUUCAGUUGACAAUGACAAGGUUUGGUGGGAUAACUACUGGAGAGAAUACCCACCUUUCUCCACCUCCAGCACUGAACAGGAGAAGAAGAAAUGGAGCAAUCAAAUACUGGAAAACCAAGAAGGAGAUGAAUCCUGGACUCCGGGUACCCCUCCACCACUGGUGUUCGGGGACCUGGAGAAGCAUCUAGUCAGGAAUCAACUCAAGUACAAUCAGCUUUAUCCUGUCAAACUAAAAAGUGAAGAGAGAGAACCAUAGCGCAGGGAACCUUAGUGAAGGACCCUUCUUAGUGUAAGGAACCUUAGAACUGAAGGGAACCUUAGUACUGAAGGGACCCCUAGCGAGGGAAAUCCUAGUAAAAGGAACCUUAGUGAAAGGAACCCUAGUGAAACGAACCCUAGUGAAACGAACCCUAGUGGGUAAGGAACCCUAGUGAAAGGAACCCUAGUGAAGAGAACCCUAGUGAAAGGAACCUUAUUAAAAGAAACUCUAGUGAAAGGAACCUUAGUGACAGGAACCCUAGUGAGGGGAAUCCUGGUGAAGGGACCCUUUGUGAAGGAAACCUAGUAAGAGAACCGUAAUACUGAAGGGCCCUCUGAGAAGGAAACCCUGGCGAAGGGAGAGAACUACAACGUACAGGGAAACUUUGUGAAGGGAACCUAUAGUGAAGAAACCCUUAGUACUGAAGGGAACCCUAGUGAUAGAAACCUUAUUGAAAGGAACAUGUGAGAAGAAAACAUUAGUGAAGUUAACCCUAUUGAAAGGAACCUUAGUACUGAAAGGAACCCUAUGUGAUAGAAACCUAGUGAAGGAAAUCUAGUAAAAGGAACCCUUGUGAAGGGAACCCUUGUAAAAGGAACCCCAGGGAAGGGAACCCUGAAUAGAAGGGACCCUUUGUGUAGUAAACCUAGUGAAGGAUAAAUUAGUAAAUAGAAAUUCGAAUUCAGUUCAAAUAUUUUGGUAAAAAUU